AUGGACGAGAAACUGAUUCCCAAGGAAGCAAGUGACCCCAGUGAGUCUCUCUUAGAGACUAAUCUGCUCAGAAACUCUGUCGUCGCCAUUGAAACACUUCGGAGUGAUCCAGACGAGCCAGACCCAAAACCGAUGGUGGAAGUUCGUGAGCUGCUCAAGUUAAUCUUGCCAGUGACUGGGACCACAGUACUCGAAUUCCUCCCCGGUUUUGUAUCUAUAUUGUUGGCUGGCAACAUGGGAGGACCGAAUGCACAGCACUACGUCGAUGCCGCGACGAUCUCCGUUAUGCUUUUGAACGUCACAGCACAAUCACUUGGACUGGGUCUUGCAUCCGCACUAGAUACGCUUUGCUCUCAAGCCUAUGGCGCCAAACGGAUCGACAAGAUCGGAAUCUACUUCCAGACGGGGGUGGUGGUUCUCUCCAUCGCUCUCAUUCCCAUGCUCGUGGUCAACUCGUUCGCUGAACCUAUCCUCAAUUUGCUUGGUCAGCACACGAACGUCACAUACUUGACUCGCGACUUUUCUCGUCUGAUGCUUCCUGGACUGCCGUUCCUCUUCCUUUACGAGCUCGUGCGGAAGGUGAUGCAGUGUCAAAAUGUCGUCAAACCGCUAGUCGUCAUCGCAGUUAUCGGAAAUCUGGUCAACCUUGGUGCUGGUUAUGGACUUGCGUACCACACGUCGAUGGGAUUCAACGGUAUUGCUGUUGCUCGAUCGCUGGGCAAUAUCACACUCACGUUUCUGCUCGUACCGUACUUCAUGUGGCGGCCACACCAACUUCGAGACUGGUGGGGCCACGGGUGGAAUAUCAAGGCCGCUAUGAACUAUGUGAACCUCUUCGUGCGAAUUGGUUGUCCGGGAAUGGUUAUGAUGGCUGUCGAAGUUUGGGCCUUCGAAAUCCUGGCAAUUCUCGCUGGUAACCUACCAGACAGCGUCGUGGCCCUGUCAACACAUGCUGUGUUGAUGAACGUUAACAUUAUUCUCUACACUACGUUCUACGGCAUCGCAGUCGCUGCUAGCAUUCGAGUGGGAAAUUGCCUGGGCGCUAAUCAACCGAAGAAGGCGAAGAUGGCUUGCUACUUAGCCCUCGGAAUCACUUUGGGAGUUUCUGUGAUGUUCGCAGUGCUGCUGUUCAGUCUUAGCAACUACAUUCCAUGCCUGUUCCUUGAUGACGAUGAGAGUAUCGACCUCGCUUCGAAGAUUAUGGCCAUGUGGUCGCCCCUUGAGAUCGCAGACGGUCUCAACGCUGUCAUGCAGGGAAUCUUCAGAGGUGCAGGCAAGCAGAAGCCAGCAGCAAUCGCCAACGUGAUUGGCUACUACGGAGGAGGUAUCCCGCUCGGAGCAAUCCUGGCGUUUGUGGCUGAUAUGGGCGUUGAAGGCUUGUGGUGGGGAAUUGGUUUUGGCAUCGCAGUGACGUUGUUAUCGCUCUCAUUUUUGAUGACAAACUACUGGCAUUGGGACCAACUUGCGAGCACAGCUCGUCAGCGUACUGCCCAAUAA